ACAAGCAAAACCACGAUCUGCUUCAACGACAAGAAUAAGAAGCAGUCAUACCUCCACUAAUGCUUUCAAACGCAUACUACAACCCCAAAAAGCGUUCUCUCGAAGAUGAGCAAGACAGCAGUCCGAAAAAGCGUCGCGCUCAACUACACGCGCAGUCGCAGUCGCAUUCGCCCAAUGGAGUGAUCGAUUUGACGCGCGAUUCACCUGAACCAUACACAAUACCACCCAUAUCGCCCAAUAGAGCGGAGGAAGAGGAGGUUCAGGGCGAAUCCGCCGAAAAGCUAUUUGGAGAAAUUGUAUCGGGCGACUACACAACGGCAUGUUGGAUGUUUGUGAUUUCACGCAAUCGGACGGAGACGGCGGACAUUACGGAAGAGAACGUGGAUAUCGUGGGCACAACUGGGAAUAUUUAUACGGUGACUAUCACGCAUGAGCCUCGGUGUACAUGUCCCGAUGCAUUGAAGGGGAAUCAGUGCAAGCAUAUUAUCUAUGUUCUCGUGAACGUGUUGAAAGCCCACGACGAGCUUAGAUAUCAAUUGGCGUUUCUCUCUAGUGAACUCCGUGAAAUGUACGACAAAGCCCCUAUAGAAACCGAAGAAGCGCAUACCGACACCGAUGCUUCGGGAAAACGCAAGCCAAUCGAAGGCGAUUGCCCAAUCUGUUUCAUGGAAUUUGAACCUGACAAGGAGAAGAUAGUCUGGUGUAAAAGGAGCUGUGGGAAUAACAUCCACAAAACCUGUUUCGAUCAGUGGACUGCUACUACUCGUGAUCGGGGGGUUCGUUGUGUUUUAUGUCGAACGGAGUGGUCUACUGAUCCAGGAGCCACACUGGACAGAAACUCACUUAUGAGCAGAGCCGAGUACGGUGAAGAUGGGUACAUGAACGUUGCGAGUGCCGUUGGCCUGUCUGGACAUCGCGACUAUUCGACUUAUCACAGGUACUGGGUUGAUCGUCAUCUUGGCCGGCGGCGUGGACGGUCUUCGUAUUACUUUGAUGAUGAUUAG